UGCCGAUGGAGCGAGUGCAAGACGUCUUUUCGUGAGCUGGAUGAUUUGGUGCAGCACAUCAACGAAGACCACGUUGGAUCAAAGAAGUCCAGCACGGGCGCAGAAUAUAUAUGCAAGUGGGAGAAUUGCUCCAGGAAGGGGACUCUGCAGCACAGCCGAUUUGCGCUUUUAUCACACAUACGGACGCAUACGGGGGAGAAGCCGUUCUAUUGCAUACUACCGGAGUGUCUCAAAUCGUUCACGAGGUCCGACGCCUUGCUCAAGCAUUUGAAGACUGUGCAUGAGGUGGAGUCAAACAGU